CCGCCGCCGCCGACGUCGAGCCCAACGCACGCUUUUUCGUUGCGCAGACAACCCCGCCCUCGUCGUGUCCACUCUCAGGUCGUCCAGAUGGGACGACGACCGGCAGCUGCUGCCGCCGGCGUGACCGCGACGCGGACCCCGUGGGGGCCGAGCCCGACGCUACGGCUCGCGCUUCUCCUGCUUAUCUGCGCGCACCCGGCUCACUGCUUGGAGAAUGGCCUUGCCAGGACGCCCCCCAUGGGAUGGCUGGCCUGGGAGCGCUUCCAGUGCAACAUCGACUGCACCCGCGAGCCCGAGAACUGCAUCAGCGAGCGGCUGUUCAAGGAGAUGGCCAACGCUCUCGUGUACGAAGGCUACCGGGACGUGGGAUACGUGUACGUGAACAUCGACGACUGCUGGAUGACGCAGGAACGCGACGUGACCGGAAGGCUGCAGGCGAAUCGCACCCGAUUCCCCAACGGCAUCAAGCACCUCGCCGACUUCAUGCACGCUCGGGGCCUGAAGCUGGGGAUCUACGGCAACGUAGGGACAAAGACAUGCGCAGGCUACGCCGGCAGCUUGGGUAACCUGUACACGGACGCCCAGACCUUCGCCGAGUGGGAUGUGGACAUGGUCAAGAUGGAUGGGUGCUACGCCAGCAUCCGAGACUACGAGAGGCUGUACACAGAUUUCGGUGACGCUAUCAACCGGACUGGACGGCCGAUGGUCUACUCGUGCAGUUGGCCUGCCUAUGAAGUCUCGUAUGGAGUUAGUCCCAACUACAAGUUGAUCGGGCACCACUGCAACCUGUGGAGAAAUUACGUGGACAUCGCCGAUACUUGGCAGAGCGUGGAGAGCGUCAUCGACUACUAUGCAGCCAACCAGAAUGUCUUGACGGCAGCAGCCGCACCGGGGCGCUGGAACGACCCGGACAUGUUGGUCAUCGGCAACUUCGGGCUGAGCUACGACCAGAGUAAGGCGCAGAUGGCGCUUUGGGCUAUAAUGGCCGCUCCUCUGCUCAUGUCCAACGACCUGCGCCGUAUGCGCCCCGAGUUCAAAGAGAUCCUUCAGAACCGAGCCAUCAUUGCGGUGAACCAGGAUCCGCUGGGGAUAAUGGGAAUGAAAAUUAGGACGGAAGAUGGUGUGGAGACAUGGAUCCGCCCGGUAACCCCCGUGGUGGGCGAGUCCGGCUACUCCUUUGCCCUGGUCUUCUUCAAUAGGAACAUCAUGGGAACUACUCGAGAACACGUCACGCAGAUUCGGACGCUGGGGCUUCUCCAUCCGCUUGGCUACCGCGUGACCGACCUCUUCGAGAACAGGUUUCUGGACGUGUACUUCCCCGACGACUACCUGGCGGUUCGAGUGAACCCGGCCGGUGGCGCCGCCAUGGUAAAGGCGGAGGCCAUUGUGCCGGUGCCUCCUGUACCUAGGCUGCCUCCAGUACAGCUUCCGAGGUUCACGCAGCAGCGAGGGCUAUCCGUGGCAGGCACCCCAAUGACGGGCCGCAGCGCGCAACUGCCUCUGCCGCCUACUCUGCCCCCUCAGAGGAUCAGAAACAGCAUCGGCGUGCCGUUUGAUUACGUCGUGGGCGUUGAUGGUUCGAGGCGGAGGAUUCGGGUUCAUGCGGUGAGAAGCACACAGUCCCCGAGAAGCCUCCGCACUUUGCCACUGCCGACAUAGCGUCUUCGCUUGAAUGCGUGCACCUGAUCUCCUGGACAUUGUAGCAGCGGCGACGAAAGAAGUGACACCCGGGUACUUUCCAGCAGAUGGCUACGGAGUCUUGAACGGCGGUUGUUGAUAACGAAUCGUUUUAUUUGUCCCUUGUGAUGACUUGAGGAAGAUAGGUGAAUAUUAGCGACUCAAGUAGGACGGAAGUUUGUUACGAACAUGUGCAUCCUGUUGAACGCUUGCUUGUUCCCUUUACUCUUUCGUGUGAAUUUUUUGUGUGACAACUCAGCGCUCAGCGAUGGGUCAUUUUAUAUAAAACAGAUUCUAAACGAAAUUAGGAACAAAUGUGAGGAUUGAGGAGAUUUCGCAAUACGAAUUGAUUAUCAUGCACUAUUGUUCUAGUCGUCUUUACCUUUACUGGAUAGCUACGCUAGUAUGCGAGUGAUGUGGGAACACAAACGUUGUGUUCAGUCCUGGUAUAUUUCGCUGUGUGCUCUGUUUGCAAACGCAGAAAACAGCAGUUUCUGAACUGGUAACGAAGCAUUGCUUUUAUCUCAUUGUGUAUUGAAUGAAGUUCAACCUUAAUACUGGACGCGGCAAACCUACCAAGCACCCAUAGGAACAACAGAAUGUUUAAAAGUCAAAGUCAGUAUAUAAUACUGCAGUGCUAGGCAGAAAAUAUUUGAGGCCUUUCGGUGACCAGAUGUCCAAAUUGGCACCGCUUAAAUGCUCGCACAAAUAAAUUAUGUCUGGCUGCAUGAAGCCUGCUAGUAAUGGUAGUCGACAGAUUUAAUAGUUGUAAUGAAAGCCAUGAAAUUCCGUUGCUCACUCAGACGUUAUUGAACACGUUUAUGGGCAUACUUCCCUUUGCGGGUAUAUGUGAACGGGUGUGAUGCUCUCGUUUACCCAACCGGUCAGAGCGGGAAUUAGUUUGACAUGCAGUGUACACGCUGCUUUCUUUUUUACGAAAGUUCGAACUUUUUUUGCAUUGUUGUUUUGAUUUCGAGGAGCAGCAGGCUGCCCCUGAUGCCAGUCUCGAAUGUCAACUAUACAUUUUUUUAAAAUAAAUUACGCUGACUCGAUCGUU